AUGGAUGCCCCCGAACACGAUAGAGACGCUCUCAUUCAGAAACUCUCAGCCGAUCUAAUCGCUGAUUUCGAUCAGUCUCUCACGCCUUUCCUAAAGAAACCCAAUGGCCAACUUCGGAGGCGCGUGCGGAUGAGAGAAACAGCCAGGUUGAUGUCUCAUGUCCUAGAACCAUUUCAAGAAUUACCACAACUACUCGAUCCGUAUCUUCCUAAAUGGUUGCCAGUUCUUGCUGAAGCGUACUUGGGAUCCUUGCAAGAUCGUCGUUAUUACAGAUCGCUAUCUAUGCGUUCCCAGCUUUUGCUCCCACUCUCUAACGCGAUAUGUAAAGUCUUAUAUACGUUUUGCAAAAUCCGAGGAGAGAAAGUUAUCGUUAGGUUCUUGAACGUAGAGACGAGAUACCUGGAACUUCUUCUCUUGGCCAUUGAGGAGUCUGAGCGCCAACCUGAUUCGCCUGCUUCGUGGACUUGGCAUGAAAGAUAUAUCGUCUUGUUAUGGCUUUCCCAACUUUUCUUCGCGCCGUUUGACCUGUCUACUAUUUCAUCUGGUGAUGCUGAUGAUCUUGACCGCUUGAGCCUUCCUGGGUUUGAAUGGCCCACCCAGAUUCCAGGUAUCACACUACGAGUCAUCCCCUUAGCUAUCAAAUACCUUGCAUCGCCGGGGAAGGAGAGGGAUGGAGCCAAGGCACUUCUUAUCCGUGUUGCGAUGAGAAAAGAUAUGCAGGAACUAGGCAUCCUGAACGCCCUGGUGAAAUGGGCGCUCUUCACGCUGGAACCGUCGGAAGAUAACCCGGCUGAAUCGACUUACUAUUACAUUGGGACGUUAUCUUUCCUCGCUGGGAUACUAGGCGCUGCAGCGGAUACGUCUAUCAUGGAUCCGUACCUGUCCGACAUCUUCAACGCCGUGCAAGCGAUUUCUGCCGGAGAAAACGCCGCUUUCGACGUCAUCAAUGGCUCGGCGCUUGCUCGAAAGAUGCUGAUCAAGGUCACACGCUCGGUAGUUACUUUAACCAUACGGAAGCCAGAACAAACAGAUACCGACACUGAAGUGAUAGAGACAUCGAUCGGAUACCUACUGGAAAGACUAGCGGAUAACGAUACACCGGUACGGCUCGCUGCUAGCAAGGCUCUCAGUAUUGUUACACUCAAAUUGGAGCCAGAAAUGGCCUCUCAAGUCAUUGAAGCGGUUCUUGAGUCGCUAAACCGGAAUGUUCUCUGGGUGAAGAAUAAGUUAAAUCCCUCUGCUGCUCCAGCUCGGGAUAUCGCAGCAGUCGACCCGUUAGAAUGGCACGGCUUAAUGCUUACUCUUUCUCAUUUGCUAUAUCGAAGGUCACCGCCACCUGAAAAUUUAUCCGAUAUCAUUCACGCUCUAUUGAUGGGUCUUUCUUUUGAGAAACGAAGUCCAUCCGGUGGCUCGAUUGGCGCAAAUGUUCGAGAUGCAUCCUGUUUUGGUAUCUGGGCGCUAGCCCGUCGUUACAGCACUUCGGAGUUACUUCAAGUCCAGACAAAGUCCGUGUUAGUUGCCAGGGGACAUGACCUUAAUGCGUCCAUACUCCAGGUGAUCGCCACUGAAUUAGUAGUGACCGCUUCGCUUGACCCCGCCGGAAAUAUCAGGCGUGGUGCAUCUGCCGCUCUCCAAGAAUUAAUUGGCCGACACCCCGAUACCGUAGAGAAAGGUAUUGCUGUCGUACAGACCGUCGAUUACCAUGCCGUCGCUCUACGUUCUAGAGCAAUACACGAAGUAGCUCUACAAGCAACUAAAUUGUCACCCCAUUACGGUCGCGCACUACUAGAAGCAACUCUAGGAUGGCGCGGUAUUGGGGAUAUGGAUGCAGCAGCUCGGAGAGUAGCAGCUGCUUCCUUCGGUACCCUAACGGAAGAGUUAAUUAACGUUGAUGCUUCCGAUCGAUCGGGAUGUUAUAACGAGACUAUCGAAUUGCUUCUUUCUAGAAUUCAAGCACUUCAAGUUAGGCAAGUAGAAGAACGCCACGGACUCGUAUUGAGUCUAGCCGCGAUUUUCGAUUUGCUCCCGUCACUUCUUAAGGGCGGAGUCCUCGUCCCCGAAAAGGUUCCUACGACUAAAAUGUGUACCGCUUUGAAAGACACACUUCAAGAUUGCAAAACUACUAAAUAUCGAAAACCCGAACUCAUCACAGAAGCUGCUUGUGUACUUGUGUUAUCUACGACUCCAGCUCUCUUGUUAAACGUUACACAAGGCGACCUACCGGAGUCGGUUUCUGACUCUUUACUACCUGGGCCUGCCCUCGUCGACGAAGCCAACUCCUCUACUCUGGCCUCUAUUGCGAGUUUGCUAGACGACCAGCAGAAUAAUCGACCGGCGCAGGUCCUGGAAAUAGUAGCUGUUCUACAAGACGUACUCAACGAAUGGCUUGACAGCAGCGAGAGUGAAGUAGUCAAAACAUCCUCCAAAGCCGCCCUAAUCCUCCUCCUGUUCGCGAGACAGGAACAGCAAACGCAAAUUAUCAAAGAGUGGUCCGACAGAGUCUGCCGCCCACAGCAACGUACUAAGAUUGGCGACGGUUUCUUCCACGCACUAGCGCGUACGUACCAAAUCCAACAGAAACAGCUAGAAGGCAGCGUCCCGGUAAGUAAAGUGUUCUCGGAACGAUGGGCGCAGGAUAGAUAUAUCGAUACCCGAGCCGGCAUUAUCGAAACUCGGGUCGCGAUUCUCCAGAGUCUGGUCGGUAGAGCGAUCCUUCGAGAUAGGGCAUUAGAAUUCCUGGGUAUCGUCUCGGAGGGUCUAGAUGAUUACACAACGAAUGCGCGUGGUGAUAUCGGUUCGCAUGUUCGCUUGGAGGCAAUCAGGGCAUCUAAAACUUUAUGGGAUGCGAAAAACGACAACGAACAAAUUGUCUCGGCUCUGUUCCCCCGUAUCCUUCGAUUAGCAGCUGAAAAGCUGGAUCGAGUUCGUACUGAGGCACAUGCUGCUUUGGCUAUGCUUCUGCAGCCGACCUACGCCUCAACAUUCCGCAAGCAAACGUUCUCCUCAAAGGAAUACUUCACCUUCCUCCUGCACCUCAUCAAUACACAACGUCUCGAGCCAGCCAUCACCAAAUCCUGGAUUCUUAACACAGAAGACUGCCUAUCCAUCCUCCUCGCUGGCCUCGUAACCUCCGCCGAUACGGGCAAUGAAGACCUAGUCAUUGUCAGUCGGGCCGCUCUCGCCGACUUCUGCGAAGCAUCCUCCGAUAAUCUGGCGUUAGUCCAUACCGCGCUGGUCCGAAACCUCAAGUUAUACCAGGCCCAGGCUCAGGACCGCGUUGUGGUUCCCACGCUUGAGGUUAUUGCGUAUUUAUUCCAUAUCGGCGUCCUUCAACGCGCCCCUGAGAUAAAUCUAAGGCAGCUAUGUGUGCUAGUGCAGAAGGCCGGGUACAAAACGGGGAAUGUGAGGAAGUUGGAGGCUUGUGUUAAGGUGUAUGGUGCUAUUGCCGCAGUGGAUGGGGCUAGGGAUGAUGAGGAGAUACGAGGGCCGGAGAUAUCGGCGGAGAUGCUAGUGAAAAGGCGCGAGGGUGUAGUUGAGGCGAGGAAGAGGUUAGGUGCAUUAUUGAUGCAUCCUUGGCCUAGGACUAGGGGGUUGGUUGUUGAUGAGCUGUGGGGGUUGAUGGAUGACGGCGUGGGGGGUGAAAGUGAGAAGGGGCAGGAGAAGCAGGAGAAGCUUCUGGGUGUGGAUUGGGGCAAGGCAGAAAAGGCGCAUAUCAAGAAGAUUGUAGGGGAGCUUGGGAUCGAAUAG